AUGGAGGGGGUGUCUGGGCUUGCCCCCUGUGAACACUUUGAGGCCAGUGAGCUUGCCCAGAGCUGCUGUCAAAACUGCUUCCACCCUGAGGAGGCCCACAGAGCACGGCACCAGGAUCCCAGGAGCCCUCCAAGUGCUGAGGUACCCUACUGUGACCUGCCCCGCCGCCUGCCUGCACCUGAGGACCCACUCGGUGCUCCAACCUCCUGCUGCCAGUCCGUGGUGGGCCUGGGCUUCAGUCCAGGGCCUGAGAGGGGCCCGUUGGCAGAGCUUCCUGCCGAGGGCUCCAGAGCCGCCUCCAGGGGCAGGAGCCGGGAACCGGGGGCAGUGCCCUAUCUGGAGGGCCUGGCCUCCCCGCCGUGCAGCAGCUUCGACAAGGGCCCUGACUCUGGCCCCGGCUCCAGCCCUGACUGUGACACCCCUGAUGAUACCAGCAGCGCAUCCUCCACGAACUGGGACACUGACGAGAGGCGGGAGGAGGCCCCCGCCUGGGACGAGCUCACUGUGAUGAUCCCGAGGAAGCCCCAGGAGGGGCCAAGAGCUGACAGUGCCCAAAGGGCUCCACAUCUCCUCACCCAGCCCCCUGUAGGACGAGAUACUGCAGGCCAGAAAAAGGAGGACACUGCCAGUGGGAGCCGAAAUACUGGACAGCACUGGGCAAAGCUCCGGGGAGAAAGUGGGUACUUCUCCUUGGAGCGGCACCGGUCAGCGCUAAGCCAGGCUUCCUCCGCGACACCACAGAGUGGACCUCGAAGUGCCACCCACCAAGCCCCCUCUCUCCAUCGCUCUGCCCAAAAGGGAGUUAGCCAGACGGCUUCCACACAACCUGACACCCCCAAAGCCUCUUCCCACCGAGCCACCCAAUGGGAUACUCCCAGGACUUCGUCUGCCCAACAGGACACCCUCAGGACUUCUUCCACGCAGCAGAACACCCCCAGAGCAUCCUCCCCUGCAAGAAUCGCUCAAUGGGAUAGCCCCAGAACCUUGUCCACCCAACGAAACAAUCCUCAAAUUUCCUCUCCCCCCAGAGCCUCCCAACAGAACUCCCCCAGAACCUCUUCUACCCAACAGGACAACCCACAUACUUCUUUUCCUACUUGUGCUCCACAGCGGGACACCCCCAGAGCCUCCUGUGCCCAAAAGGAGAGUCCCAGAGCCCCCUCUCCCAACCGAACCUCCCAAAGGGACACCCCCAGAACCUUCUCCCCCAACCGGACCUCCCAAUGGGACACCCCCAGAGCCUCCUCUCCCAACCGGACCUCCCAAAGGGACACCCCCAGGACCUUCUCUCCCAACCGGACCUCCCAACAGGACACCCCUAGAACUUCCUCUCCCAACCCCAGAACUUCCUCUCCCAACCGGACCUCCCAACGGGACACCCCCAGAACCUUCUCCCCCAACCGAACCACCCAAUGGGACACCCCCAGAGCCUCCUCUCCCAACAGAACCACCCAACGGGACACCCCCAGAGCCUCAUCUCCCAACCGGACCUCCCAACGGGACACCCCCAGAGCCUCCUCUCCCAACCGGACCUCCCAACGGGACACCCCCAGAACCUUCUCCCCCAACCAAACCACCCAACGGGACACCCCCAGAGCCUCCUCCCCCAACCGAACCACCCAGCGGGACACCCCCAGGGCCUCAUCUCUGAACCGGACCUCCCAACGGGACACCCCCAGAGCCUCCUCCCCCAACCGAACCACCCAACAGGACACCCCCAGAGCCUCAUCUCCCAACCGGACCUCCCAAUGGGACACCCCCAGAGCCUCAUCUCCCAACCGAACCACCCAGCGGGACACCCCCAGGGCCUCAUCUCUGAACCGGACCUCCCAAUGGGACACCCCCAGAGCCUCCUCUCCCAACCGGACCUCCCAAAGGGACACCCCCAGGACCUUCUCUCCCAACCGGACCUCCCAACAGGACACCCCUAGAACUUCCUCUCCCAACCCCAGAACUUCCUCUCCCAACCGGACCUCCCAACGGGACACCCCCAGAACCUUCUCCCCCAACCGAACCACCCAACGGGACACCCCCAGAGCCUCAUCUCCCAACCGGACCUCCCAACGGGACACCCCCAGAGCCUCCUCUCCCAACCGGACCUCCCAACGGGACACCCCCAGAACCUUCUCCCCCAACCAAACCACCCAACGGGACACCCCCAGAGCCUCCUCCCCCAACCGAACCACCCAACAGGACACCCCCAGAGCCUCAUCUCCCAACCGGACCUCCCAACAGAACACCUCCAGAGCCUCUUCUACCCAACGGGACAACCCUAAAACCUCUUGUACUCAAAGGGAUAAUCCCAGAACUUCUCAUACCCAAAGGGACAAUCUGUUACCCUCUUCCUUUCGGCGAGACAACCUUGGGGCCUCCUCCCCUCAGUGCUGCACCCAGCAGGACAAUCCUGGACGAUCAUCUCCCCGUCGCUCCGCUCGGUGGAACAAUCCCCGGAAUUCUCCCCAUCGUACCAACAAGGAUAUCCCCUGGGCCUCCUUUCCCCUCCGGCCAACCCAGAGUGAAGGUCCCCGAACCUCUUCCCCACUUCGCUCCAAGCAAAGUGAGAUUCCCUGGGCAUCGAUCGCCCUGCGGCCAACUCAAAGUGACAGGCCCCAGACUCAGAGUAGACCGGCUCAGCGUGACCCGCUGUCCUCUGGCCCGAUGCAACACCACCCACCGUCCGGGGCCACUUCCUCCUCCCUUAACCCGGGCCACCACAGUGCCUCCCGUACUUCCUCGCCUCUGAACCCCGCUCCCCGCAGGUCAUCCCAGCCCUCUCUCGAGCCCUCCCCACCUCCCUGUGCCCUGUGCAUUGGGCACCGGGACGCCCCUAGAGCCUCUUCACCUCCUCGCUAUUUGCAACAUGACCCUUUCUCCUUCUUCCCAGACUCCCCUGCAUCUGAAGGUGAGUUGCCCCACCACGAUCCCCCCUACAUGCCCCCGGCUGUGUGCAUUGGGCACCGGGAUGCCCCCCGGGCUUCCUCACCUCCCCGCCACACUCAGUUUGACCCCUUCCCCUUCCUCCCAGGCACAUCAGUUACUGAGAACCAGUCCCCCCAGCACGACCCUCCUCAGGUCCCCCCACCUGUGUGUAUUGGGUACCGCGAUGCACCUCGGGCCUCCUCCCCACCACGCCAGGCCCCAGAGCCCUCCCUCUUGUUCCAGGAUCUCCCUAGGGCCAGCACCGAGAGCCUUGUCCCCUCCACAGACUCUCUGCAUGAGCCCCCCCACAUCCCCACCCCUGUGUGCAUUGGGCACCGCGAUGCACCAUCCUUCUCCUCCCCACCACGCCAGGCCCCUGAGCCCUCCCUCUUCUUCCAGGACCCCCCAGGGACUAGUAUGGAGAGCCUGGCCCCUUCCACUGACUCUCUGCAUGGCUCCCCAGUGCUGCCCCCGCAAGUCUGCAUUGGGCACCGGGAUGCACCGCGAGCCUCCUCCCCACCCCGCCAUCCCCACAGUGACCUAGCUCUCUUGGCCUCCUCACCUCCACCAGGCAGCACAGGGGGCUCCCGGGGCUCAGCACCCCCUGGGGAGACCAGGCACAACCUGGAGAGGGAGGAGUAUACCAUGCUGGCUGACCUGCCCCCACCCAGGAGGCUGGCGCAGAGGGAGCCAGGGCCCCAGCGCAGCAACGGGGGCCGCACCCGCAGCCCUGGCCGUGCAGAGGUGGAGCGCCUCUUCGGGCAAGAACGCAGGAAGUCCGAGGCACCGGGGGCCUUCCAGGCCUGGGAUGAGGGGCGGUCACAGCGGCCCGGCCAAGGUCAGAGCCAACUUCUCCGAAGACAGUCCAGCCCUGCCCUCAGCAGGGAGGUAACCAAGCUGCUUACAAAGCAGACAGAACCAGCCCAGCGGAGCAGAGCAGAGCCCUCUCACCCCAGGAGCCCCGAGAGGCAGCCUGAGGGGGACCGGCAGCUUCAGAGGCCCUCAUUGCCCUCAAGGACAUCACCCAGGACCCCUGAGAGGGAGCAGCAGACAGAGAGACUUCUGGAAAGUGGCCGGGUGGGCCCACGACAGCCUCUGCGGGGGUGGCAGAGUCAGGAGGAAACUCCAGGAUCCCGGGGCCCUGCCAGAUACCCGGAGAGAGGCUGGAGAAGCCAGGAGAGCCCAAGCCUGGGGGGCUGGCAAGAACUUGGGGAGCCCAGUCAGGGGGCUGCCAGAGCCUGGGAGGAAACCUGGAAGGGCCCUUCCAGGGAGUCUGAAGAGAACUGGGGGCAGCCAGGGGGCCCCACUUGCCUCAGGGGACAGUCAGAGGCCUGGGAAGGGCCCCUCAGUAAUGGGCUGCUGGAACCCCAAGACAGGCCAGCUCAGAGGGGCUGGGGCAGCCUGCAAGAGCUGUCCAGUCCUCAUCAGCCUAUGAGCUCCCCAGAGAAUUCCAGGGUGGGCCCUGCAGAGUUCUCACAGUCCUGGAGGUCUGAGACAUUCACUGCCAUGGGCCGGGGGGCCGAGGGAGAAUGCCCACACCUGCCUGGCACUGAGAGGCACCCUGAGCUUGACUGGAAGGACCUCCUGGGCCUUCUUGGAGCCCCCAGAGAGGGGGCUUUGGCUCCCAGGGAGGAGCCAACACUUGACUCCCAUCUUCCCAGGCUGGACUGGGAAGGCCUCCUGGAGCUUCUGCAGGCCCAGCUGCCCCGCAAGGACCCAGCUGGACACAGGGGUGGCCUGGGCACGGCUUCAGGGGCAGAACUGGGUUUCCCAGGCACAAAAGAUGCCCUGGAGCAGAAGCAACACAGCCAGCCCGAAGGCUGGGAGGAGACCAGCCCCCAGCAGUGGCCCCAGAGCUCAGCCCAGCCAUCCAGCCCUGCCUGCAUCUCCAUCCAGUGGCCAAAGACCAAAGUGACAAGUAGAGCAGAGACCUCCGCUAUGGCUGGUAUGGAGGACACAGGCCAGCUGGGGAGCAGUAGCCCUGCAGAGGGCCCCGGCUUGCCAGAGUGGGAGUUCCAAUCAGAGGAGCCUGAGGAGUUGGAACCAAGCAGAGGCCAAGACCCACUGACCGACCAGAAGCAGGCAGACUCGGUAGACAAGAGGCCAGCAGCAGGCAAGGCUGGGAGCCCACUCAAGGGCCGACUGGUGACCUCAUGGCGGAUGCCCGGGGACCGGCCCACGCUGUUCAAUCCGUUCCUGCUGUCCCUGGGGGUCCUCAGGUGGCAAAGGCCGGAUCUGCUCAACUUCAAGAAGGGAUGGAUGUCGAUCUUGGACGAGCCCGGAGAGGACCCCCUCCCCUGGCUCAUGGCCCCCUCUCCUUCACAGUGGAAGAAGCAUUGGUUUGUGCUGACUGAUUCAAGUCUCAAGUACUACAGGGACUCCACUGCUGAGGAGGCAGAUGAGCUGGAUGGUGAGAUCGACCUGCGGUCCUGCACCGACGUCACCGAGUAUGCAGUGCAGCGCAACUAUGGCUUCCAGAUCCACACCAAGGAUGCUGUCUACACCUUGUCGGCCAUGACCUCGGGCAUCCGGCGGAACUGGAUCGAGGCUCUGAGGAAAACUGUGCGUCCAACAUCUGCCCCAGAUGUCACCAAGCUCUCGGACUGCAAUAAGGAGAACACGCUGCACAGCUAUGGCACCCAGAGGGGCUCCCUGAAGUCAGGGGAGCCUCGGGUGGGCUCUGAGAUCAUUGGCCGGGGCGGCCCACGGAAGGUGGAUGGGCAGCGGCAGUCCCUGGACUACGUGGAGCUCUCACCGCUGACGCAGGGCUCCCCGCAGCGGGCCCGCACCCCAGCCCGCACUCCUGACCGCCCGGCCAAGCAGGAGGAGCUGGAGCGGGACCUGGCCCAGCGCUCUGAGGAGCGACGGAAGUGGUUCGAGGCCACGGACGGCAGGGCCAAGGAGACACCCGCUGGCGAGGGGCCACGCCGGGGCUUGGGUGCCCCCCUGACCGAGGACCAGCAGAGCCGGCUCAGUGAGGAGAUUGAGAAGAAGUGGCGGGAGCUGGAGAAGCUGCCCCUGCGGGAGAACAAGAGGGCACCUCUCACUGCCCUGCUCAACCAAAGCCGCGAGGCACACCGGGGGUCCCCAAGUGACAGCCACGAGGCGCUGGAGAAGGAGGUCCAGUCUCUUCGAGCCCAGCUGGAGGCAUGGCGUCUCCAAGGCGAGGCUCCUCAGGGUGCACCCAGGGCCCAGGAGGACAGCCACAUUCCCCCAGGAUACAUCUCACAGGAGGCAUGCGAGCGUAGCCUGGCAGAGAUGGAGUCCUCGCACCAGCAGGUGAUGGAGGAGCUGCAGCGGCACCACGAGCGGGAGCUGCAGCGGCUGCAGCAGGAGAAGGAGUGGCUCUUGGCUGAGGAGACGGCAGCCACAGCCUCAGCCAUCGAAGCCAUGAAGAAGGCCUACCAGGAGGAGCUGAGCCGAGAGCUGAGCAAGACUCGGAGUCUCCAGCAGGGCCCAGACGGCCUCCGGAGGCAGCACCAGUCAGACGUGGAGGCGCUGAAGCGGGAGCUGCAGGUGCUGUCAGAGCAGUACUCGCAGAAGUGCCUGGAGAUCGGGGCCCUGACACGGCAGGCCGAGGAGCGUGAGCACACACUGCGGCGCUGCCAGCAGGAGGGCCAGGAGCUGCUGCGCCACAACCAGGAGCUGCAUGCCCGCCUGUCAGAGGAGAUUGACCGGCUGCGUGGCUUCAUUGCCUCACAGGGCACAGGCGAUGGCUGUGGGCGCAGCAACGAGCGGAGCUCCUGUGAGCUGGAGGUGCUGCUGCGCGUGAAGGAGAACGAACUCCAGUACCUGAAGAAGGAGGUACAGUGCCUCCGGGAUGAGCUCCAGAAGCUGCAGAAGGACAAGCGCUUCACCUCGGGGAAGUACCAGGAUGUGUAUGUGGAGCUGAACCACAUCAAGACGCGGUCUGAGCGGGAGAUCGAGCAGCUGAAGGAGCACCUGCGCCUCGCCAUGGCUGCCCUGCAGGAGAGGGAGGCAGUUCACAGCAGCCUGGCCGAGUAGAGGUUCUCGUGGUCCAGUCCCACUGCAGACCCCCAGCCAAGGGACCAGUUGCCCUCCUUCCCUGCUGGAUGGACGUCAGGCACCAAGCUUUCUCCCCACCCUCUGUGCGCACGAGUGCGUGCACACACGCGCACACACACACACACACACACACACACACACUCUGCGUACCUGAGCGUGCCCCUCGCACUGGGUCUUACCUUGCACCUUCUUCAGGAUUUUAUAUGUGAAGAGAUUUUUAUAUAGAUUUUUUUCCUUUUUUUUCCCUCAAAACACUUUAUACUUUUUAAAAAGCAGUUCCUGGUGGCCAUGUGCCUCCAGCACUCACUCCCCCCUGUGUCUGGCUGGCCGCCUGCUUGGGCUUCUGGGCUGGUGGCCCUGCCCCAGGAGUCUGACCGAAGCCCAGAAGCACCCAUGGCAGGGCUGACUCCCGGGGGAGAGGCAGAGAGCCAGUCACCCUCUUCCUACCCUACCUCUCACUAACUACUUCCUGCCCUGGAGGGACCCACAUCCUGGGACUCUGGACAGAGGGACAGAUGGACAGAGGGAGCCAGCAGCUGUCCCCAGGACCCGGCCUCCUCUGCGGGGGUGCUGGGCAUGGCACUGCUGGAGCCGUCGUCCCAUGAAGGCCUUUCUGUCCUGCUCCAUGAGCCUUCUUAACUUAAUAAAAUGUCCCAGCAGC